AUGGCUACCCUUUCACCAACCGAAACCUACAAAGCAGCCGUCUUCGAGGGCCAAGGCGCUGCCCUCGAGAUUAAGAAUCUACAGUUUCGACAACCAGCCGAGAACCAAGUGCUUGUGAAAGUUCUGGCUUGCGGCAUUUGUCAUUCGGACAUCAACAUCCAAAAUGGUCAUAUGGGGUCGCCGUUCCCUAUUGUACCUGGACACGAGGUUGUGGGCGAUGUCGUCGCUGUCGGCAGCAGAAUCACCCGUUUCAAGGGCGGCGAGCGCGUGGGUGCAGCUUGGCACGGUGGCCACGAUUACACAUGCGCCUCCUGCCUGAACGGCUUCCCUCAGACGUGCGAAAAUGGCGUAUCAACAGGCGUUACGGUAGAUGGAGGAUACGCUGAAUAUGUGCUUGUGCGCGAGGAGGCCGUCGUUCGCGUGCCCGCAUCUGCGGACCCGGCUCUUGUCGCACCCCAUCUCUGCGCAGGCGUGACGGUCUUCAACGGCAUUCGCAAGCUCCACAUAGAGCAAGGUGCACUAGUCGCCGUGCAAGGACUCGGUGGUCUAGGCCACUUGGCUGUGCAAUUUGCCCACAAGAUGGGUUACAAAGUGGUUGCCAUCUCAAGCGGGAGCGACAAGGCUCAGUUUGCGGAACAACUAGGAGCAUACGCCUAUAUCGAUACCAGUAAAGAUGACGCGGCGAAAAUCCUGCAAUCUAUGGGUGGUGCAAGCUUGAUUGUGUCUACGGCCCCGAACGCGCAGGCUAUUAGUCCACUGGUUUGGGGCCUGACCUACGGUGGCAAGCUGCUGCUGCUCGCACCAAUUGGACCAGUUGCCGUAGAUUCGGUCGCAUUGGUCAUGAAAGCUGCUAGUGUGCAUGGUUGGCCAGGUGGCAAUGCCUUAGAUUGCGAGGAGACCAUUGCUUUCGCCGAACAUCAUGGCGUUCAGUGCAUGGUAGAACGCUUUCCCUUGAACGAAGCCGUCAAGGCAUUCAAUCAUAUGGUGCAGGGUAAGCCGAAGUUCAGGGCAGUCUUGACUAUGUAA